GGCACAGCAUUUUGACCUUCCUUCCGGUUGGCUCCCGCCCCACGUAGCCAUUUUGCGUUUCCUGGACAAAAAAGGGGGUUAGAUAGAAAGACAGUCAGACACAGAAUAAAAUUAGUCUUCAAAUCAUAUCGAGAAUCAAAAGUGCGGAUGUAACUGUGCAAUAUGAUAGGCGCAGGAGCGGGCGAGCAGGUACACCAGCCGCGGCCCGUAUUCAAAGUGGAAACAGUUGGCUAGCUGGCUAACGAACCGUUAGCGAGAGAGUGAGAUAAAGACUUCAUAGGCACUAAAGAGUUUUAGGACAUUCAUAUAUAUAAAUUAUGCUCUUCUGCACGUUAGAAGGCGGACGUUGGUAGAAAAAUGGACCGUGUAUUGAUUUGAAACGUCGCAUCGGGCAAAAAACUGCAAACGCCACGGUUAUUUGCGGAGGAAGCCGGAUAACUGUUUAUUCACAAGGAAUAAAGAGGAGGAUCGCAGCACGCCACGGAGCCAGCCAUGCCUGCCAGUGUGCGUACUGGGACCCUGAAGGACUCAGAGGUGUCUGAGCUCUUCUACAGAGAUGAUCCUGAGAAGCUCUUCACUGAUCUCCGGGAAAUCGGUCAUGGCAGCUUUGGAGCUGUGUACUUUGCUCAUGAUGUGCGUUCAAAUGAAGUGGUGGCCAUCAAGAAGAUGUCAUUCAGUGGCAAGCAGUCCAAUGAGAAAUGGCAGGACAUCAUCAAGGAGGUGAAGUUCUUGCAGAAGCUCAGACACCCCAAUACCAUCGAAUACAAAGGGUGCUACCUCAGAGAGCACACAGCAUGGCUGGUGAUGGAAUACUGUCUAGGAUCAGCCUCUGAUCUUUUAGAGGUGCAUAAAAAGCCUCUGCAGGAGGUGGAAAUAGCUGCUAUUACCCAUGGUGCACUUCAGGGCCUCGCCUACCUUCACUCUCAUAACAUGAUACACAGAGAUGUGAAGGCAGGGAAUAUUCUGCUAACUGAGCCUGGUCAGGUGAAGCUUGGAGAUUUUGGCUCUGCCUCAAUCAUUUCUCCUGCUAACUCUUUUGUGGGUACACCUUACUGGAUGGCCCCAGAAGUGAUCCUAGCCAUGGACGAGGGGCAGUACGACGGGAAGGUGGACGUCUGGUCUCUCGGCAUCACCUGCAUCGAACUAGCUGAAAGGAAACCGCCCUUGUUCAAUAUGAAUGCUAUGAGUGCCUUAUACCACAUUGCGCAAAACGAAAGCCCUGUCCUGGCGUCAAACCAUUGGUCGGACUACUUCCGUAACUUUGUGGACUCUUGUCUUCAAAAGAUCCCUCAGGACAGGCCUACCUCAGAUGUGCUGCUCAAUCAUCAUUUCCUAUGUCGAGAGCGCCCCCAUUCUGUAGUGAUGGAUCUGAUCACGCGCACCAAAGACGCUGUGCGAGAGUUGGACAACCUGCAGUACAGGAAGAUGAAGAAGAUCCUGUUUCAGGAAACCCACAACGGCCCCACACAGGAAGGAGGAGAGGAGGAAGAGGAAGCAGAGCAGUACCUCCUGCAGACAGGCACGGUGAACAGUAUGGAGAGCUCUCAGUCUGUGCCCUCCAUGUCCAUCAGCGCCAGCUCCCAGAGUUCCUCAGUCAACAGCCUGGCCGAUGGCUCGGACGACAGUGCUGAGAUGGCCAUGAUGCAGGAGGGAGAACAGACUGUCACCUCUAACAGCUCGAUUAUACACCGCCCCACUGCACGUGAUAAUAUUUACGACGACCCCUAUCAGCCGGAGAUGGAGUCGCAGCAGCAGCCGUCGUCGGCCGCUCGGAGGAGGGUGCACAGAAACCGAGACCAUUUUGCUACCAUCCGCACAGCUUCUCUGGUGACCCGUCAGAUUCAGGAGCAUGAACAGGGCUCAGCUCUGAGGGAGCAGAUGUCCGGGUACAAGCGCAUGAGGAGGCAGCACCAGAAACAACUGCUGGCUCUGGAGAACAAACUCAAGUCUGAGAUGGAUGAACAUCAGCUCAGAUUGGACAAAGAGCUGGAGACCCAGAGAAACAACUUUGGCAGUGAAGCAGACAAGCUGAGUAAGAAACAUCAGGCCAUCCUGGAAAAAGAGAUUAAAGCUGCACAGACAGAAGAGAAGAAAUUUCAGCAGCACAUAUUGAACCAGCAGAAGAAAGAACUCAGCAGCCUGCUGGAUUCCCAGAAACGGCAGUACAGGCAACGCAAGGAGCAGCUAAAGGAGGAGCUGAAUGAGAACCAGUCCACGCCGAAGCGAGAGAAGCAGGAAUGGCUGGUGAGGCAGAAGGAGUGUCUGCAGCAGAUCCAGGCUGAGGAAGAGGCCUCUUUAUUACGGCGACAACGGCAGUAUUACGAGCUGCAGUGCAGACAGUAUAAGAGGAAAAUGCUGCUCGCGAGACACAAUCUGGAGCAGGACCUGCUUAGAGAGGACUUGAAUAAGCGUCAAACCCAGAAGGAUCUGGAGUGUGCUAUGUUGUUGAGACAUCAUGAGUCCACUCAGGAGCUGGAGUUCAGGCAGCUGGGACUGGUUCAGCGUACUCGGGCUGACCUGAUCCGAACGCAGCACCAGAGUGAACUGGCCAACCAGAUGGAGUAUAAUAAGCGACGGGAGCAGGAACUACGUCAGAAACAUGCUGUGGAGGUCCGCCAGCAACCUAAAAGCUUAAAGACGAAAGAGCUCCAGAUCAAACGUCAGUUCCAAGACACGUGUAAGAUUCAGACACGGCAAUACAAAGCCCUGCGCAACCACCUGCUGGAGACCACGCCCAAAUCAGAGCAUAAAACCGUACUGAAGAGACUCAAAGAGGAACAAACUCGUAAACUGGCCAUCCUGGCCGAACAGUACGACCAUUCCAUCAAAGACAUGCUGUCCACACAGGCUGUGAGUAAGUUGCGAUUGGAUGAAACGCAGGAGGAUGAGUACCGAGCACUGCGCAUGCAGCUGCAGCAGGAAUUGGAGCUGCUGAACGCCUAUCAGAGCAAAAUAAAGAUGCACACAGACACACAACAUGAGAGAGAGGCCAAAGACCUGGAGCAGAGGGUGUCUAUACGGAGAGCUCUCCUUGAGCAGAGGAUUGAGGAGGAGAUGUUGUCUCUGCAGAACGAGCGUUCUGAGCGAAUCCGGGCUCUGCUUGAGCACCAAGCUCGAGAAAUCGAGUCUUUUGACUCAGAGAGCAUGCGUCUGGGCUUCAGUAACAUGGCUUUGAGCGGAAUCCCUGCUGAGGCUUACAAUCAGGGUUACCCCAACCCUCCUUCCUCCGGCCCCGGGGGCUGGCCGUCCCGUCCCGUGCCUCGCUCAGGCAGCCAGUGGAGCCACGGCGUCCAAAACUCAGCGGCGCCGCCCUCUUGGCGAAGUCAGAACAGUACAGCGGGGUUCAGCCGAGGGGAGCAAAUCUCCAGCCGGGAGAGAGAUCGAGAGAGGGAUUUAGACGGAAUGGGUGCCCGUGGCUUUCCGAGCUCUCGCUCCUCCGCCUCGUCUGCGUCGUCAUCAUCCUCGCAUCAUCACCUCCGCUACAUGCCGCAGCAUUACCACCACCAGAGUACGCCACACCUGUACCGCGACAGCCGAGAGAGGGAGUGGGGAGGUGGUGGUAGUGGUGGAGGAGGAGGUGGUCACCACUCUUCUUCAUCCUCCUCUCAUGGCCACUCGCAUCACAUUUCUUCCCAUGCCUCUUCCCAAUCCCUUGCUCUCCUCCCUCCACCACCUCCUCCUCCACCCAUCUCUCUUUCCUCAUCUUCUCCCCCGUCCUCCUCCUCCUCUUCCUCCUCUCAGAGUGGCUACGGUGGAAGGGGCGAGAGCUUAGCUGUGAGGGGCCCCAGCCUGAUGGCUCUGAGAAACAGUCCAGGACCCCUUCGGAGAACCGCCUCGGGCGGAGGUGCUGGUGGGUCUGGCGGGGACGGAGGUUUGAGCCGGAGUACAUCAGUGACGUCGCACAUUUCCAAUGGAUCCCACCUCUCCUACUCGUAGAAAUCAGGCAGGAAGUUCAGAAGGCUUUGUGGGCUUUAGCAGGGAAGAAAAGGCCUUCACAUAGCUCGUUUAGGAGUUAAACGGAGGCGAGGAGGAGAAACAGUAUUUAGAUGGGCACACCUUUACUUAAAAGAAGAUAGAUCUCAGGGUUUCUGAUGGGUUAGUGAUUCGGGAGGGCUCAGGGUUUAGAUCGGGAACAGAAAAGAUGAGAUGUACUGUUACAGGAAGCUAUACUGUUGAGUGUGUGGGAGGGAAAGGAUGAAAAUAACACAAGUGGUGCCAAUGCUGUAGAUUGGGCUCAUCCUCGACUGGUCCAUUUUAGUUUUAUUUUAUUUUAAAUGGUCAGACAGACCCAUUGAAUUCUGCUCUUUCAUGUCCAGGUAUUUUCUUGCACGUCUAAAAACUUUUUACAGAUAUUAUUUUAUGCUUAAUCCUGGAUCAUAUUAAGCUGAAUUCAUUUAGUGCAAUUCAUUUCAAGAGGGUUUUAUUUUUUAAAGAAUAGUUUGCCAAAAAAUGAAAAAUCUUAUCAUUAUUUAGUCUCUCUCUUGUCGUUACAAACUCUACAUACUGUUGUUUUUUUUCAUAGAACACGAAAGGAGAAUUUUUGGAGGAUCUUUAAGCCGCACUUUUCUAGAGUUCUCACAAAAUCCAAAUUAAAAUAAAAAAAAGGUAGUUUUUUUUACUUUUGUGCCAUAUUGAGUCUUCUCAAGCCAUUAGAGUGCUUUGUUUGAGAAGACCAAAACUUGGGUCUGAAAAUUAAUAGUACUUUCAUGCAUUAACGACAAAACAGCUUUUCAUGCUUCAGAACCAUACUUAUAUGGGAAAAAAAAGCUGCUUUAAAGGUAAAGUUAACCCAGAAAAUGAAAAAUACUCGCCUGCAUUUCGCUCCAAACCUUUAUGACUUUCCUUCUUCUGUGAAACAUCAUAGAAGAUAUUUUGCGAAAUGUCUGUGUUUCUGUCUAUACAUAGAAAGUAAAUGUUAAAAAACUCUUGAAACAUUCUUGUUUCACUUCAGAAAGUAAGUCAGGUUUGACAUGACAGAAAAUUUCAUUUUUAGGUGAACUACCUCUGUAAGCUUUAAUAUCGCAGAGAAAUGACAAAAUAACACAACGCCGGUUUGAAAUGACAUGAGGGUGAGUGAAUAAUGGCAGAAUUAUUCAUUGACUCUGAUGAGCGUCCCUUGAGUUUGAGCCAGAGGAUCUGAGCCAGAGGAUGAGUCCUACUUUUCAAUUUUACUGCUAACGAGAGCAGGGCGAGCGAGUCGGAUGCAAUAGGAGGUGCUGUAGCAUGUGCAGAAACUUGUUUCAGGGAGACGAGGCGUAAACUGAGGAACUAAAAAGGUGAUUAAACUGAUUUUUGUGUAAUUAUGUAGAUAGUACUAAAACAAUACUAAAAGAACAUCUACCAGUGAUGGGUUUUAAACUGUACAUUUCUAUUCGAGUCAAGGACGGGAGGCAGAUUUUUUUUUUUUUUUUUGAAAUGAUUUUUGUAUUCUGUAUUCUUUUGUUUAUUUUUUUAAACAAUGCCACAUGUCAUACUGCCAUCUAGAGACUCAGCUGACCUAAAGCAACUCCGCCCACUGUCCUUAUAAGGGCAAGCUGCCAUUUAAGUUGCAGUUGGUUUAAACUGGGCUGUAAUUCAAUGUCUGUUUUUAGCAUAGGCGUGAUAAGAUUACUUUUAAAAAGAGAUUGAACCUGGCUAGGUGAAUAAGCCAUCUCCUUGACUCUACAAUGCACACUGUGUAAAUAUAAUGUACAUGUCCAUAAGAGAGUUGGGUUACAAGUUUCUGUGCACGAGACUGAUGUACAGAGACCAUUUGUAUACAAACGUACACAACAGACGUUUAUAUGACUUUGAGUAUAUAUAUGUGUAUAAUACAUCACCUGUGGAAGGUUUGACGGGGAAAGUCGUCCGAUUGUUUCCUGUUCGACACUUUUGAUCUAUAUUGUACUUAUACAACAUGUGUAUAUACAAGCACUAACUCUUAUUUAGGGUAAUAAUAAUUUUGCUAUGUGAAUUGGAAAGUGGGACAUAAAAAAUAGAUACUGUCAUUAUUAUUACACCUACUGUAAUAUUUGUGUUGUACACUAAUUUUUCUUUUUGCAAUUUUUCUUUUUUAAGACAUUUUUUUAAUCAAUGCUUACCACUAGGUGGGAAAUGUUGGCAGUGUCACAGUGAGAAUUUUGAGUCUCGUUUUAGAUUUAAAAAUAAGUUUAAAAAAAAGGACUACCUAUCCCAGCAUUCCUUGUUACAUCUCAGGGUAGGAGUCUAUUGUGCAGUGCGUCGUCAGGAAAGUAGUAUUUUAGAGCCAGUAUUAAACUUGUACAGAACAUUUUAAGAGAUUUUAGCUGUAUAGAACAUUUCUAGACGACUGUAAAGUGUCUCAAACACCCCCCUCUGAUCCAGCAGGCUUUUCUCCCUCCAUCUUAUUUUCUGGAAUGCAUUAAUUUUGUUUUCGCAUACUAACCUUUUAUGUACAAACUGGACACAAGGCAACACAAGAUGUUUACAUUGACAACCAAAAUCUCCAGCAUACCCUUAAGAACGUGGUGAAUGAUGAAGCUAGAUUUUGCCAGUAAUGUUAUUUUUUUGCCCUUUGGGAAAACCGAAAUCUUUUGUGCUCCCACACUGCCAGCCCUCUUUAGACACCAGCGUUCACACGGACUCUCCCUCGGCCUCCUGAACCAAGGAGACGUGCAGUACCUCACUUCCCGGUGCCUGGCCAAUCACUUCUCGCUCUGUUUUCAGUGUUCACUUCAUUCCUCUACCGUUCCCUCAUGUCCUUCCUUACUUGGUUACUAAGAUCUGUGGACAGAAGAGGAAAAAUAAAUCCUCAGCCCAUCUGUAACUCUGGGCUAUCAUGUAAUGUGUUUACAGCAACACAUGCUGGAUUCUUAUUAGUGUAUCCUCUUUUAGGGGGUGUUUCAGUAUCUGGUGGUAGAAAUUUGAGGUAAAUGUAUGAAAUUACUGUCAUCAUCCUGCAGUGUUUGAAGGACUGGAGCUGUAAGGCAACUGCGGUUGCAUAUGUGUGAAAAAGUGUGUGUAGCCUGGGCUGAAAUGUAUUGCAAAGUUGAGAUGUUUGAAAGGCUGAUGGAGAGCAUGGUCGUUCAGGGAGCUCAGAAAAAAGGCCAAAUUACAUUCAGGUGAAAUGAUUACAGGAGAACUCUUUAACACAUGGGCUAUAGAACUUGUACAGAAAAUGAUUAAGUCAUUAAAAAGGAUACAAACAAAA